UGUCAUUACGACAGUAAAAAAUAACGAGUUGAACAUGGAAUGAAGCAGACACCUAUUAAAUCUACAAAUAAAUGCAGUAAAAUGUUUUAUAUAACAUGAUAAAUUUAGUUGUGCUUCUAAAUUAUUCGACGAUAUGAAAUAUCACGCAUGUAUAAGACAGUUGCAAAAAAAUCUGAAAACUGUCGCUCUAACUAAUCGAGCUCAAAUAUUUCGGACUGUUCGUUCAAGAAAUUAUGGUGGCUAUUCUAAUAUAAAGUUACCUACUUCUGCGACACUGGUACAAAACGACAAGCAAGGCACUGUCGUUCUCCUCGGUACCGUACACUUUAGCAAACAGUCAGUGGAGGAUGUUUCCCAGAUAGUUAAGGUGUUGAAGCCAAAUGCUAUACUAGUUGAAUUAUGUCGACAAAGAGUAUCGCUGCUAGAACUAGACGACAAAAAGUUUUUAGAAGACGCAAAAAAAUUCGAUUCACGGAAAAUGAAACAAGCUGUAAAAGGUCAAAAUUUUGUGUCUGGUAUGUUGCACGCCAUGCUCUUAAAAACAUAUGCAGACAUCGCUAAAGAGUUGGGGGUAGCACCCGGAGGUGAAUUUCGACGAGCAUAUCAUGAGAUGAAGAAAAUUCCUGGUUGCAAAUUGUUCCUUGGUGAUCGGCCGAUUCAAAUUACAAUUGCAAGAGCAUUUCAGUCUCUGAGCGUCUACGAAUUGGGCCAAGUGCUAUUUCAUCUGACAACUUCGAAUCCAAAACCAUUGGAUAAAUUUCAAUUGGAAAGAUACAAAGACAAAGAUUUUGUGCAUGCACAAUUCGAGGAAAUUACCAGAGAUGUGCCAGCGUUUAAAAAAAUAUUCCACGUUUUUGUUGACGAACGUGAUAAGUGUCUUGCUUAUUCGUUGCAAGAAUGUGUUCGAACUGUAAUGGACAAUCCGCGUGUAUUGGCCGUAGUGGGAAUGGGUCAUGUGGAUGGUAUAAUAAAAUACUAUGGCAAAAUGAAACAAGAAGAUAUUGUACCUUUAUUAUUCGCCUAGGUUUUUAUAAGUAUAUAUGAUCGACACAUCUUGAUUACAUCGCUCCUUAUAAAAAUUAUCUAGAAAACUUGAAGGAUAACAUAUAUCUAAUGAAAUGAAAUUGUAAUAAGUAGGUAUUAGAUGUCAAUAAUGUAAUAGGUAUCUAUAUUGGAUACUUUCAUCAUCAUCAUCAUUGUUAUUAUGACGACAGCAAAAG